AUGGGUUCGAUCUCACAAACACAACCAUCAGUCAAGGAGGAGAUGGGCCUCUGCAAGGUCCCCAUCAAGUACAACGAAAGGUACAAGCCAAGCGGGACCAAAUCCUAUGUCAACCUCAUGGCCCGAUACGGCUUCCAGCCGACCCAGCCAGGGCCCUAUGGAUACAUCAACAGGAUGUUCCAACGUGGCAUGGCCGGGUCGACGGUCGCGCUCGGUGGACGCGCUCACAUGGAAAAGGUCCUGGCGCGCAAGAGUGAGGUUGAAGGUGGCUACGGUGGACAAGUCACUGCCGACGAUAUCCAGAAUGAGUCGCUGUACCUCUGCGAGGUGAAGAUCGGUAGUCCGGCGCAAAAGCUCGAGUUGCAGCUGGAUACGGGCUCUUCAGAUAUUUGGGUCUUCUCUUCGGGUGCCAGCCGCGGCGUCAACCGGACCAACUUUGACGCAUGGAAAUCGGCGUCUUUCAGUUGCCAAAGUGACAAAACCUGGGUCAUGAAGCGACCCGAUGGCAGCUCCAUCUCCGGCGAGGUCGGCACGGACACUGUGGCGGUAGGCGGCCUGGAGGUUCCGGACCAGCUUGUGGGACUGGGGAAGGUCGUUGGUGGCACGUCUACCGAGAGGAUGGUGGCCGACGGCACUCUAGGCCUCUCGAUCCCGCAGACCAGGUAUGUCCAGAGAAACGGCGUGAACGACCCACAGACAUCAUUCGUGGCCAGGAUGGCCGAGGCAAAGAUCUUGCCCGAGGAUUCGCAGUUCUUUACGACAGCCUUGUGCGGCCCAAGCGGGGGAGGCAAGCAAGACGGGUCGUUCUGCACUUUUGGAUACGUGGAUGAGGACAUGAUGCAAGGCGAGAUCUCCUGGGCGACUGUGGAUAGCGGCAAGGGCAUGUGGAUGUUUCCGUCGGCUAGCACGACCAUCGGCGGCGAUAGAAUGUCGCGCUCCGGCAACAUGGCGGUUGCCGACAGCUCCACGCCCCUCAUCCUCCUCAGCGACGAGGCCUGUGACGCCUUUUACAAGAAAAUCGAGGGCGCCAAGUACAGCAGGCCACACCAGGGAUGGUUGAUUCCUGGCAGUGCCAAGACGCAAGGCAUGCCGGAGCUGCGCGUGGCAGUAGGAGAGACGGAAUUUAGCGUUGCAACAUCGGAGUACAUGUUUUCUCCGGCCAACGACAACAUGUUCUUUGGGGUUGUUCAGUCGAGGGGCAGUAAUGAGUUUGAUGUCCUUGGCGUUGCUUUCCUGAGAUCAGUCUAUGCGAUCUGGGACUUUGGGCACCAGCGCUUUGGGUGCAUUUCCAGGAGCAGCUAA